AACUCGAGUGACUUUAAUUAUUAUUAACAUAUAACUGCACAAUUAAUAGAUCGUUUAGCAAAUUAAAACCUCUCCCUCAAAAUGAAGGUUAUUCCCAUGCUUUCUAUAGCUACACUCUUCUUCUUCUUCAUCUUCUUCUUAUGUGAAUCUGCAGAGGCUCAGCUAAGUGAGACAUUUUACUCAAACACAUGCUCCAAUGUGUCUGCAAUUGUGAGUAGUGUGAUUCAGCAGGCGUCCCAGAACGAUCCCCGCAUCGGCGCCAGCCUCAUUCGUCUCCAUUUCCACGACUGCUUCGUCAACGGAUGCGACGCCUCAAUUUUGUUGGACAACAAUGGAACGGCGAUUGUGAGCGAGAAAGGCGCUGCCCCCAACGUUAACUCCGCUAGGGGUUUCGACGUGGUGGAAAACAUCAAGUCCGCCGUCGAAACCGCCUGCCCCGGCGUCGUCUCGUGCGCCGACAUUCUCGCUCUUGCCUCCCAAGCCGCCGUCAAUCUGACCGGUGGUCCUUCGUGGACUGUCAUGUUGGGAAGAAGAGACGGUAGAAAUGCAAAUCAGUCGUUAGCAAACACUUCAAUUCCUGCUCCAACGGAAGGCUUGACAAACAUCAUUCAGAAGUUCACAAACGUUGGACUGAACAGCACCGAUGUUGUCGCAUUGUCGGGCGCGCACACGUUUGGACGCGCACGGUGUGCCACAUUCAGCAACAGACUAUUCAACUUCAACAACACGGGCCAACCCGACCCGACCCUCAACACAACAUACUUAGCCACUUUGCAGCAGGCUUGUCCACAAAAUGGGUCUGGGUCGUCUAAUCUGAACAACCUUGACCCGACAACCCCUGACGGGUUCGACAACAACUAUUUCUCAAACUUGAAGAACAACAAUGGGCUUCUCCAAUCUGAUCAGGAGCUGUUUUCGACAUCCGGUGCGACAACUAUUAACCUGGUCAAUGCAUUCGCUUCAAACCAAGCAACGUUCUUUCAGAACUUUAUUCAGUCCAUGAUCAAAAUGGGAAAUAUUGGCAUUUUGACCGGAACUGAUGGAGAGAUUAGGAAAAACUGCCGUCUCCGAAAUUAAUACGUGUACGCGUUUGACUUUUUUCAUUCAAGUAGAUUCGAAUUGAAUGACAUUUGAUCAUCAAUUGAAUAAAUAUAAUAAAAGAAUGAAAUAAUCUUUUGGUAGUUUUCUGCCAUAUAAAUCUAAUGUGGUUAU